AUGGAAGCAGUGCUAGAUGUGAAGAAUGGUAAAGUGACGAAGAGAAGUCCUAAGCAGACUGUCAAAGACAAGGUUACCUCCAAUAAGGAAAGAGUGACAAUACCCAGGUUGGAACUAACAGCAGCAAGGAUCGCAGCACGUUUGUUGAAAACAGUCAGAGAAACUCUAAAGAACUGGGAGCCAGAAGAGUUAGUUCUGUGGUCUGACAGCAGCACAGUGCUACAUUGGCUAGAGAAUCGAGGUCAAUACAGACAGUUUGUCCAGCGAAGAGUAGAUGAGAUACAAGCAUUGACAACGGAUGUAAAUUUAAAAUAUGUGCCCACAGCUGAGAAUCCUGCAGAUUUGGGCACAAGAGGAUUGUCUCCCCAGCAAUUAGAGCAAAGCAAGCUUUGGUGGAAUGAACCAGAGUUCAUAGUGGAUGGAAAUUAUCCCCACCAGCCUCACCUGAUCGAAACAGUUGAAAGCAAGGCUGAAGAAAGACAGUGUACACUUCCAAUUGCUGAAGAAGAACCAAGUCUGUCAAUCAACAAUUUAGUGCCUGCGGAAAACUAUGGCUCAUAUGGCAAACUGUUGAGAGAUACAGCUCUUGUUCUUAGGUUUAUAAGUUGCCUCAAGGAGAAGAAAAGGCCAGAUACUCAAAUGUUGCGUGUAGAAGAGAUCCAGGAGGCAGAAGAAUUGUGGAUAAAAGAUUCACAAGUGAUGGUGAAAGGAAGAAAUAGUUACUCUCAAAUAAAGACACAGCUUGCAGUGAUAGAAAUCAAUGGAAUCUUACACUGCCAAGGACGUCUUCAAAACACAACACUACCAGUUGAAAGCAAGUUUCCAAUACUGUUACCCCAGGAUAGCAGAUUUACAAGUUUGCUAAUUUCAGAGUGUCACAAGCGUACACGACACGGGGGAGUAAAUACAACAUUAGCGGAAGUCAGAAGCAAGUUUUGGGUCUUAAAGGGACGCCAGGCUGUAAAGCAACAAUUACGUCAAUGUAUGGUUUGCAAUAAGCGAAAUGCAAAGCCAUGUGCACCACCUCAAUCUGGACAGCUACCAGCAGAGAGGGUGGUUCGAGGCAACCCGUUUAGUACAACCGGAGUUGACUUUGCAGGACCUAUAUAUUUGAAGAAUGAAGAGAAGGCAUAUGUUGCACUAUUCACAUGCGGUAUAACCCAUGCAGUACACUUAGAGCUCACAGAAGAUAUGACAGCCAAUGAAUUUAGAGGAAUGUUUCGAAGAUUCAUCAGCAGACGUGGAGCACCUGCUACAGUAAUAAGUGACAAUGCAAAAACAUUCCUUGCCACUGCAAAGCACUUGAAGAAGACAUGUGUAGAGCAAGAAUUGCAGAAUUUUUUGUUGGCCAACCGCAUUGAUUGGCAUUUCAAUAUAGCUAAGGCACCGUGGCAAGGCAGCUUCUUUGAAAGAUUAGUUGGAAUAACCAAGACAGCAUUAUUCAAGACCAUGGGAAAGGUAAAACUAACCUUUAGAGAGCUGGAAAACAUGUUGAUAGAAGUUGAAGGAAUGAUAAAUAAUCGACCACUUACCUAUCAAACAUCAGAUUUAGAGGAAGAGCCCCUCACUCCAAAUCAUAUGAUUCAUGGUCAUCGACUAUCAAUGAUAGGAGAUGUCAAGCAUGACAACGAUGCAGAUUUUGAUGACAAGAACGUGAACAAGAGAAUGAAGUUCUUGAGAGCUAAGCUAGAGCAUACACUACCAUUGAACGAAGUUUCUGGAAGUUAG